UUUGCGUUUGGCGCCCGUCCGAUCUGGUCGGCCAGGUUGACGCCCGCGCGUGUUCGUUCUUGUUCUUCCCGCGCGAGUCCCGCCGGUUGCUAGCAGUGACUAGAGCUAGUAAACAAACUGGUAAUAGGCGCACUGUCGGUACUGUUCGAAGGAAUAAAAGUCCUCACCGUCGCUCCUGAACGUCCCCCCUCAGUGACUCUCUUUUCAGCCGGGUCUUCGUUCGAGUGUAAAGUCACGCGCUGAAUCGCGCUCGUUUCAGCCGGUCUCUCAUCAGUGACCAACGCUGACUAGUUUUCAAUUUUGUCGCGAAGCUCCGGGGAUUUUCUUUGGAGGCAAUUUGGCCUGCCACUUUUGAACGGAGCGGCGGUGCCUGUACUUGUCGUCUCCGGAGUCCGCUGAACCGCGAGUGGGUUCAGCCGGUCUCCGAUUGGUCGAGAAGCGCGGCCAGUGGUGCGACCGUUUCCGUCAUUCUCCCUCUUCCCAUCCAGAUUCUGUAGUGUGCCCGCGUGCAGUUGGUGGUUCGCGUCUUCGCGUUCGGCCCCCAUUUGGAUUUUAUUUCCUCGUCAGCUCAUCGUCCAAGGCCCGCCAUGCGCAUGACCCGGUAGAGGCUCCACCAUGGAAGACAAACCGCGCCCCAACUUCACCUCCUCGGUGAGCAUCGCCGUGCCCGGGCCCGGGCGCCCCGGCCAGGACGAGGUGGACAGGGCCAUGCCGGCCAUGCCGAACCACGGGCACGACAACGCCGCCUUCGAUGCGGACGAGGCCGUCACCAUCUCGGUGCCCGAGGACGGCGCCAGCGGCCCGCUCAACGGCAGCAUGACCUCCACGGCCUCCACCGUCACGGCCGACGGCACCCCCACCAAGACGGCCAAGGACGGCAUGGCCGAGGCCGUCAAACCCGGGGCUGGUCAACAUGAACCCGACUCGGCCGAGGACGUGCGGGACCCCUACGACGAGUACUUCGUGCCCGUCAACGAGCAUCGGAAGUGCAUGAGUCCAAGUCAUGUCACAAUGUCCGUUUUUGGGAAAAUGGCAAGAGAUACCAAUUGA